AUGAUUUGCGCCAAGAGGACUGCUCAGUUGGUGAAGAAGUGGCAGAUGGUGGCAGCGCUGGGGAGAAAGCGGUUCACCUGCGCCUCUGUGGCAGUCAAGGGGCACUGCAUGAUGUACACUUCAGAUGGGAGGCGGUUUGAGGUGCCAUUAGCAUACUUUAGCACAUUGGUCUUCUCAGGGCUCCUGCGGAUGUCCCAGGAGGAGUUUGGCUUCAUGGGCAAUGAACGGAUCACGCUUCCUUGUGAUGCUGCAGUCAUGGAGUAUGCCAUGUGUGUCCUCUGGGGAGGCUCCUCAGCAGAGGUAGAGAAGGCAUUCCUGAGCACCAUGCCAUGCCACUAUGCAAGCUGUAUUGCACCAUCUGUUGGAGUUAGCCAUCAGGUUGUUGUUUGCAGCUCCUAA